AUGGCGAAGAAAACAUUAUCCAGCGCUCAAAUCCAAAAUUAUUUGACAAUACCAUUAGGUAUUGAAGAUGAACAAGACUCCUCAGGUGCUGAAAGUGACGAUGACAUUGCCGUAAUUCGAUCUUCCGUCAACAAACUUUGUGAAACGUUUAGCGAUACGGAUGACGAAGAGGAAUCUGUUUCACUGAAUAGGUAUGAAUCCGCUUCACCAUUAUCAGGGUCCUGUGGCAGUGAUAUGCAGCAGCAUAUAUCAAAUCCUAGUAGUACAAUUCCUGAUGUCCCAAGUACAUCUAGAUCAAAUGCUUCGCGAACACAUCAAUCGACAGUUGUAUCUUCCGAGUCUACUAUGCCAAAAGACGCUGCUCCUACUCCUGCUGCAUCCGUCUUCAGAAAAAAGCGAAAUAUCAUUUGGAAAAAAACAACUUUCCAUCCAACAAACCAAAUAUAUGCUAUGAGAACCGUGAACAAGGGACGACUAGGCAAAACUAUACAAAUACCAUCAAUGAAAGAUCUAAAAAGUAGCAAGAAGGAAAGAGGAUAUUCAGAGGAAUGGGUAGGCAAUGUAAAUGGCACAGAUAUCGUCACAGUUAUGUGGUAUGACAAUAAACCAGUGGUGUUGACUUCAUCUUUUGUUGAAAAAGAGCCUACUCAAAAAGUAAGGAGGUUUUGUUAA